AUGGGUGGUCGCCAAGCCGCUCCGCCGCUGGAUGGGCUGCCGAGCUGGAGGAAAGUCGACGGAUGGUCGACCACUUCAACGACGGAGUCUGAAACGACCACAUCACGCCCUCCAGAAACAACCUCGACACUGCCGAAGACGACUCCCAAGCCUGAGCCGACAACAACGGAAGCUCCCGAGACUACAAAGGCACCUCCUGCAACCACCACCACGAAAAGCACAACUCCCGAGACGACAACAACGUUACCCACCACGACGGCAAGACGCACUACGACGACAAGCAAAGCAUCGACGACAACGACAACUGCAUCAACCACGGAAUCCACGACUACCGUGCCCCCGACCACCACAGAGACAAAGACAAGCACCUCAACAACAACCACUGUGACAACUACCACCAUCACAACUACGGUUUUGACUCCUCAGCUCGUUGGAAGCCAAGCAGCAUCUGAGGCAAGAGCCACAGGCUUGCACGUCGACGAGCAGGCCGCAGCUGCAGCAAAGGCCGCUGUGGACUUCGCCAGGGAGCGGCAAUACACUUUGCAGCAGCAACUUGAAGUCGCUGGUGCCGUGGCCGCGGCGGCCGUGGCGAGCAGCGGUGGGAGCACGGAGGAGCAAGCUGCCGCAGCAGGCAUCGAGAGCGCCAAAGUUGGAAGUGGCGAUGGCCAAAGCCUGGAGCAGCAGGCCUCUUUUGCGGGCCAGGCUGCAGCAGAAGUCGUCCAAAAAGCCCGCGGCUCAGCUGCUGCCCAAGCCGCGGCUGCAGGACAGGCUGCUGCGGCAGUCGCUCGAAGCCAAAACGAAGGCACCGAAAAGCAAGCUGCCCUGGCUGGCCAGGCAGCAGCAGAUGCGGGCAGGUUGGCUGGCAUGACUCCCGAGGAGCAAACUGCAGCGGCUGGCAGAGCAUCGGCCCUGGCGGCAAAAGCAGAGGGCGCGUCUCCCACCGACGUCGGGUUGGACGCCGGCGAGGUGGCCGCCAAAGAAGCUGCAGAGUCCGGCGAGGGCGUUGGUGAGCAGAUCCAGGCAGCAUCACAGGCCGCUGCGGAGGCAGCCAAGUUGGCAGGCGGAUCGGCUUACGAGCAAGCUGCCAGUGCGGGCCUAGCUGCCGCAGAAGCUGCUAGAACACAGAUCCCGGAGCUGCAAGCCGCAGCUGCAGGCAAGGCCGCUGCGGAUGCCGCCAGGGCUGCAGGAAUGUCAGGAGCUGAGCAGGCAAAGCUGGCGGGAGAGUUGGCCUUCAGCGUGUCCGCUGUAGCCGGUUUGAAGUUGGAGAAGCAGAUUUCGGCGGCUGGAACAGCUGCAGAGGAAGCUGCCAAAGCAGCCGGCAUGACACCAGAGGAACAGGCCGCAGCCAAGAGUGCGGCGAGGGCUGCAGCAAAUCCCACGGCCUCAGCUCAGACCUUGACCACCGCACCAUCUGCAACUGUCACAAAAGCAGCAAGUCCAUCCAAGAAAUCUCCGCCAGCUGAACGAGAUCCUUUGGAUGCUGGCAAGGAGGCUGCGGAGCAGGCCCAGGCUGCUGGCAAACCCUUGCAGGAGCAGGCGGCGAAGGCAGGGGAGGCUGCCGCGACCCUUGCAAAGGAUCAGCAGUAUACUCCGGCCGAGCAAGUGGAGCUAGCUGGUCAGGCAGCGGCCGCAGCAGCGAAAAUUGCUGGUGCAUCCAUGUCCAAGCAAGCAGAAGCUGCCGGCAUGGCUGCAUCGAAAGUCGCUGCUUCGGAUGGGCAAAGCUUGGAGCAGCAGGCUGCAGCCGCUGGCCAAGCUGGGGCAUCCGCUGCGAAGGCCAAUGGCGCCUCGGCCUCUGGCCAAGCCGCGGCUGCUGGAGAGGCCGCUGCAGCAGUGGCACGAAUGAACAACGAAGGGUCUGACAAGCAAGCAGAGCUGGCGGGGGACGCUGCUGCAGAUAUCGCGCAGACCUUGGGAAUGACUUCAGAAGAACAGACAGCUGCUGCAGGAAAUGCGUCAGCCAGGGCCCUCAAAGCAGAGGGCGCGUCUCCCACGGAUGUUGGGGUAGACGCCGGCGAGGUGGCUGCCAAAGAGGCUGCAGAGUCCGGCGAGGGCGUUGGUGAGCAGAUCCAGGCAGCAUCACAGGCCGCUGCGGAGGCAGCCAAGUUGGCAGGCGGAUCGGCUUACGAGCAAGCUGCCAGUGCUGGGGAAGCUGCCGCAGAAGCAGCCAGAACACAGAUCCCGGAGCUGCAAACCGCAGCUGCAGGCAAGGCCGCUGCGGAUGCCGCCAGGGCUGCAGGAAUGUCAGGAGCUAAGCAGGCAGUUCUGGCAGGAAAGUCAGCCUUCAAAGCAGCAGGUCUUGCUGGGAUGACGUCAGACAAGCAGAUCUUGUCAGCUGGGAAAGCUGCGGAAGAAGCUGCCAAAGCAGCUAAUUUGACUGCGGCGCAGCAGGAAUCAGCUAAGGCUGCGGCCAUGGCGGCUGUUAGCCCCACCACGUCAACACAGAAGCCGUCGACGACGCAGAUGUCCACGACAAGCUUGACUACCGAGAGCACGACUACAGUGUCAAGAAUUACUCCGGAGGAUGCAGGCAAAGAAGCUGCCGCAGAAGCGAGCGCCUUGGACAAACCCAUGGAGGAGCAGGCAGCUGCUGCUGCACGCGCCGCGGCAAGUGCUGCUAGUGACCUGCAAUACACUCCCCGCGAACAGGGCGAGGAGGCUGCCAAGGCCGCAGCAGCGGUUGCCAAAGCCAACGGGGCCUCCGUGGCCAAGCAGGCUGCAGUGGCAGGGGCGGCAACUGCCAAAGUGUCAAGCGAUCAGGGCCAGGCGGUGGAGCAACAGGCCUCCGACGCGGGACAAUCUGCAGCAGAAACUGCGAAGCUUGGAGGGGCGGCCGCCUACGAGCAGGCGGCAGCAGCAGGCCAGGCCGCGGCAGCAGCGGCCCAGGCCCAGAGCGAGGGCUCCGAGAAGCAAUCGGAGCUGGCAGGCGAGGCGGCCGCUUCCGCCGCGAAGCUGACGAACAUGUCCGCGGAGGAGCAAGCCGAAGCUGCGGGGAACGCCUCGGCCAUGGCUGCAAAAUCCAAUGGUGCAACUUCCGUGGAGGUCGGUGUGGACGCUGGGGAGGUGGCCGCCAAAGAGGCCAAGGAGGCCAAGGAGACGGUGGCGGAGCAGAUCGAGGCAGCAGCCGAGGCAGCAGGCGAUGCAGCCAAAGCCACAGGCGCUCAAACCGCUGAGCAGGCAGCAAGUGCCGGCCAGGCAGCGGCCGAAGCGGCCAAGGAGGCCAAUCAGAUCCCAGAGCAACAGGCGGCCGCAGCCGGCAAAGCUGCGGCAGAAGUGGCGAAGGAUGCCGGCAUGUCCGUGGAUGAGCAGGCCUUGGUCGCGGGCACAGCGGCUCUGAAUGCCUCCGCUGCAGCUGGCCUCAGCUACAAGGACAAGCUGCGAGCGGCCGGCAAAGCGGCUGCGGUUGCGGCCGAGGCGGCAGGUGCCAACGAGGAGAAGCAAUCUGACUUGAAGGUCGAGGUUAUCGCCGAGGCCGCUCGCUUGGUCUCAAAGUCGGCCGGAGGCUCCGCAAAGCAGCAGGCCGCCAGCGCGGGAAUGGCGGCGGCGGGCGCUGCCAAGGACCUGAAUGUCAGCACCGUCCAGCAAGCGGCCAUUGCCGGCAAAGCAGCAGCAGAGGCCGCGAUAGCUGCCGGCGCUGCCAUUGAGGAGGUGGCUGCUUUUGCCGGCCGUGCAGCAUAA